UCGUCAAGGUGGUGGACGAAUGGGAGGUUGUGGGCGAGCCUGGUGGCUCCUUGGUCUGGCACUGCAAUGGGCGUGGUUGUGCUCCUGCAUAACAGUGAAAUUUCAGAGUGAUCUGCCUCUGCCUCUGGCUCUGAACCGUAAACUGGUCCUGGAAGCCCACAUCAACAAGACGUGCCAGGAGACGGUGGAUAGAGUGGAGUGGACAAGGGAGAAGGAGGACGGACAGGGUCGGAGAAAGGUUUACCCCCUGAAGGAUUCACCCAUGAAGUUGGAGGUGCCUAACGUCACUGAGAAUGACUACGGGAAGUACACCAUCACCGUCGUGGACCAACAUGGGAUUGAGGCGAAGGCCAGCCGAAUUGUGAGAGAGAGCGAAGGUGGACCCAACGUGUCAAUCCCUCUUCUCUGUGAGGUGUCCCGUGAUUCUGAACCGUGGGACACACCCGAGUUCCUGUGGCUGAUGGACGGGGAGGAAGUGAAUAAUACGAGCAGCAGACUGUCAGAUGACGGCAGCAAGUUGUAUCCAGCCAGUGCCUGUGUGCGCAAUUACACCUGCAUCGCACACAACCACCUGGGAACCAACUCACAUCAAUUCCUCAACACCGGCUGUGAUUCAUCAGCAGACAACCAAACCGGAUGUACUUUACCCUGCGUACUCUUCUGGGUGGGGCUUCUGGUCGCGGGGCUUCUGGUCGUGGGGCUGGUAUGCCUUGUAAUCUGGAAAAAGAGCUUCUGUCUCAGGCGGUCAAGGCAAGGACGUACUGUAGAACAAUCAGGUGGAUCAGGUACUGAAGAACAAUCAGGUGGAUCAGGUACUGUAGAACAGUCAAUACCACUGAGGAGCCCUGAGGAGACCAGCUCGGUCUGAUAUGACUGGUGUUCCUCAGACAAACAAUAAUCCCUUCAAGUGACUUCACACUGUACUCAGGAAUUCCAUCAGAGGUCUGGAUAUAUCCACCAUUUCCCAGGAGUUCCGCUUGGUCAUUUCUUAAGCAUGGAAUGUGGGAAAAACAUUCCAGUUUUUUCCCCCGAACUGGCUCAAUUUGGAUUUUUUCAGUUUUUUAUUAACUCCCUGUGGAAAUUUGUGAUGAGUGUGAUGGCAACCUGUUUGAUAUUUUAUUUAUAUUAUUUGUUUCUUCUCAUCAAAUUAAAUCACACACAUUUUACUUGUUGGUUAAGUGAGGUGUUUUAACUUGUGUUCAGCAUUCAGUGCUGGCCAUUUAAAUAAGGGUGUUAACUGUUAAAACAUCUGGAUUCAUAAGUUGCCGCUUUAAACGCGUUUUAAUUUUGAUUAAAAUGCGAUAAAAAAAAGGUUUGAUCCCCCACCCGGGCUGUGUCGAAGUGUCCCUGAGCAAGACACCUAACCCCCAAAUGCUCCUGACGAGCUGGACAGUGCCUUGCAUGGCAGUCAAUCGCCGUUGGUGUGUGAGUGUGUGUAUGAAUGGGUGAAUGAGAAGCAUCAAUUGUACAGCACUUUGGAUAAAGGCGCUAUAUAAAUGCCAACCAUUUACCAUUUACCAUUUAAUUAAUCCUCAACACUUCAUUUUUAUUCCAAUUCCAGAAAUUCUUUAUAGAAUUAAUGUUUAAGUUCAUUCUAUUAAGUUUAAAAAAUAUAUUUUUGUUGGCUGUUUCUUUUAUAGGCGGCACUGAUGGUGCAGUGGGUAGCACUGCCGCCUCACAGCAAGGAGGUCCUGGGUUUGAAUCCCUGUCAACCGGGGCCUCUCUGUGUGGAGUUUGCAUGUUCUCCCCGUGUUCGCGUGGGUUUCCUCCGGGUACUCUGAUUUCCUCUCACAGUCUGAAGACAUGCAGGUUAGGCUGAUUGGAGACUCUAAAUUUCCCGUAGGUAUGAGUGUAUGAGUGUGUGAGUGAAUGAAUGGUGUGUGUGCCCUGUGAUGGACUGGCGACCUGUCCAGGGUGUAUUCCUGCCUUUCACCCAAUGUAUGCUGGGAUAGCCCCUCUGCGACCCUGUUCAGGAUAAGCGGGUUAGGAUAAUGAAUGAAUGAAUGUUUCUUUUAUAUGAUAAUAAUUCAUUGUUGAGUGCACUUCAACCAAAGCUAUUGUUUUAUCAUUCUUUUUUAGGACCUGUAAUUUUCUUAAUUGAUUCUUGAUUGACAAUGUGUGUUAACAUAAAGACAAUCACAUGAUUACAAAUAACCUUUUUGUGAUAAUCCUUAUUACUAUUAGACCACUUUCAAAAUACUGAUGAAUGUUCGUGGCCAGCUUCAUGUCUUUUUGUUUUAGUAAAGCCCCCCCUUCUGGAAAAGUGUGUAUCAGAGUCUUACUGUGUCUGAUGCAAAUCAGAAAGCUGAUAAGCUUUCUCACUUUCUGUCAUUUCUUUGCAAAUAAAUACGAAAGUUAAA